UGGUCUUUGCUAAAACCUAAAAAUAACUUGUCUAAUGGCUAAAUGGGAAGGUAAGGCCUAUGCAAAGCUAGUAGGCUGCGCAGCUGAGCAAGUGUGGCCUCUCUUACAAGAUUUUUUCGGGUUAGACAAAUGGUUCCCGACUCUCACCACUUGCCUUCCCGUCAAAGGUGUGUCGGGAAAGCCGGGGUGCAUUCGUUUCUGCUCUGGCUUCAAAACUCCGGUCGACGGUAGCAAUAAAGAAGCUAUGAACUGGACUAAGCAAAAACUGCUGUCCAUUGAUCCGAAUGAGAUGGUGUUUAGCUAUUCCAUUGAAGAAGGAAAUGUUGGUUUCGAUUCGUAUGUGUCGACGGUGAAAGUGUUGCCCGAGGAACAAGGGUGUGCCAUUGAGUGGAAGUACGAAGUCAAGCCUGUCGAAGGAUGGAGACUUGAGGAUUUGGAUUUCUUCAUCAGUUCUGGUUUACAAGUUAUGGCUCGGAGGAUGGAAGCAGCUCUUCAACUUUUUCAAGCUUCAAUGGAUCAAUAAGAUCAUUUCUUAUUACUUGAAGAAAUGUAAUGGAGAAAUCAAUAAUUAGUCAAUCAUCUUGAUUGUAACAAACUAUAUUCAAUAUGAAGUACUUGUAGCCAAGUUAUUUAGGAUAAUUAUAUAUUAUUCCAUAUACUUGUGUAUGUACUUGAGUUAGAUAAGUACAAACAUAAGCACUUG